AUGAAUGCUUCGAUGAUAAGGGUUAUACACAUUUCAAGUAUUUUAUGCCCUUUAUGCAACAAGGAGAAUGAUGAAUCAUCAUAUCAUCUCCUAAUUACAUGCAAUUAUACUAAGGAGGUGCAAGAUAAGAUUCUUAAAUGCCACCCCUCUCUCUCUCUGCACACCCGUUGGUAUUCUUCACACUUCAUUGCUCGUCUCGAUAAACCCACUCACGCAUUUGACGUGUUUCAACAAAUUCUUACAUACCAAGGUGUUUUUGAGCAAGCACCGAUGGCGACAGGGCAACUUUUCUCCCGUACAACACAAGCUUUGUUCUAUAACUACAAGCAGUUGCCAAUUCAGCGCAUGCUUGAUUUCGACUUCCUUUGUGGGAGAGAAACACCUUCAGUUGCUGGAAUCAUUAACCCUGGUGCUGAGGGAUUUCAGAAACUAUUUUUUGGCCAAGAAGAGAUUGCAAUUCCAGUUCAUUCCACAGUUGAAGCUGCUUGUGCUGCGCAUCCUACUGCAGAUGUAUUUAUAAAUUUCGCAUCCUACAGAAGUGCUGCUGCUUCAUCCAAUCUUGCCCUCAAACAACCCACCAUCAGAGUUGUGGCUAUUAUAGCUGAAGAUCAAACAACAAGGUUGUUAUUGGGCCAGCAACUGCCUGGAUCUGUUGGAUUUGUCUCCAAAUCUGGAGGCAUGUCAAAUGAGCUGUACAACACAAUUGCCCGUGUCACGGAUGGACUUUAUGAAGGUAUUGCAAUUGGAGGAGAUGUUUUCCCCGGUUCUACUCUUUCGGAUCAUGUUUUGCGGUUCAACAACAUUCCUCAGAUCAAAAUGAUUGUUGUGCUUGGGGAACUUGGUGGGCGAGAUGAGUACUCGUUAGUUGAAGCUCUUAAAGCGGGAAAAAUCAAUAAGCCAGUAUGUGCUUGGGUCAGUGGGACUUGUGCCCGCCUUUUCAAGUCUGAAGUCCAAUUCGGGCAUGCGGGGGCUAAAAGUGGAGGUGAAAUGGAGUCUGCACAAGCUAAAAACCAAGCUCUGAUGGAUGCCGGUGCCAUUGUCCCAACAUCAUAUGAAUCAUUUGAAGCCUCCAUUAAGGAAACAUUCGCCAAAUUGGCGGAAGAGGGAAAGAUUAGCCCUGUCAAGGAGAUCACGCCUCCCCAAAUCCCAGAGGAUCUUAACUCUGCAAUCAAGAGCGGGAAAGUACGAGCACCGACUCAUAUUAUUUCCACCAUCUCCGAUGACAGAGGUGAGGAGCCAUGCUAUGCUGGCGUACCGAUGUCUUCCAUUGUUGAAAAAGGAAUGGGAGUCGGUGAUGUCAUUUCACUUUUAUGGUUCAAACGCAGUCUUCCCCGCUACUGCACACAAUUCAUCGAGAUUUGUAUCAUGUUAUGUGCCGAUCAUGGGCCAUGUGUCUCCGGUGCUCACAACACCAUUGUAACCGCUAGGGCAGGAAAAGAUCUCGUAUCCAGCCUUGUUUCCGGUUUGCUGACUAUUGGUCCACGUUUUGGUGGUGCUGUUGAUGAUGCUGCUCGAUACUUCAAAGAUGCCUACGAUAGGAAACUUUCACCAUAUGAGUUUGUUGAAAGCAUGAAAAAGAAGGGUAUUCGGGUGCCCGGAAUUGGUCACAGGAUCAAGAGAGGGGAUAACAGAGAUAAGAGAGUGGAGCUACUACAACUAUUUGCACGAACAAAUUUCCCAUCAACCAAGUACAUGGAAUAUGCGGUUGAAGUAGAAACUUACACUCUCUCAAAAGCAAACAACUUAGUGAUGAAUGUUGAUGGUGCCAUUGGUACCCUUUUCUUGGAUCUUCUUGCGGGUAGCGGACUCUUCACCAAACAAGAAAUCGAUGAGAUUGUCAGCAUCGGUUACCUCAACGGUCUCUUUGUCUUGGCACGUUCCAUUGGUCUCAUCGGGCAUACGUUUGACCAGAAGAGGUUGAAGCAACCACUAUACCGUCACCCAUGGGAAGAUGUUCUUUACACCAAGUGAUUGUUCUGUGUUGUAUUGUAAUAGUAAUACUAAUGCAUCAUUGUUGGAUGUAUUUCCUUUUGUUUGUUUGUAUCAUUUAGCUUAUGGCUUUCUAUUUCGAUUGUUAUGUGGAGGGAGUCUUGAGUCUUGUUUCGGAACUUUACAAAAAAUAACACAAUCAUGGAGCAUUUUUCAUUCUCUUGUACUAGUUUCUUUGUAAUUGUUAAUGAUAUCUUUGUUUCUGUUGAAUGAAGAUCUAUAAAAAGCAUAAAUAUUUCAAAAUCAAAA